GUUCGUUCAUUGCUCCUCCUUCGUAUAUAUCACCUGACAUCAACAUCUUUAAUUUCUUCUGGCCAAAACAGCAGUGCCAGCCUGCAAAUUUAGGUGCUAGCAGCUAGCAACAUAAUUGAUCUGGAUUAUUGGAGGGUGCAAAUCGGUCGAUGGGUUAGAUUUCUGGAGCUUCUUGUCUUUUGCCAGGCCUUCACUGAAAUAUAUCAUUCAUCAUGCCUCCGAAGAAGAUGAUUUAUGCACACAGCGUCAGAGCGGCGGUGGAAAAUAUAAUCCCUUACCUAGAGGAUACGAGCAAUACUGCAGAGAAGGCCAUCUAUUUUGGUGGAUGGCAUGGUUUGGCUGCUUCAGCAGUGCUUAGAGCUAUAGCUGAGGACCCUCCACCAUCUCUGUUGAAGAAAUUCAGCAAGAUCAUCCACGUUGAUUGCUCGAGAUGGAAAAGCCGAAGAGCACUCCAGAGAACAAUCGCACAAGAACUGAAACUUCCUCAACAGUUAAUGGCUAUUUUUGAUAGGCAAGAUGAAGAAGAUGAUUUCCUCGGGAUAGAUGAAGGCUCAAGAGCUGAAAUAAGAUUCGUUGGGGGAGAGAUCCUUAAAGUCCUUAUAGGGCACAGAUGUUUAGUGGUCUUUCAGAAUGGAAGCAAUGAUAUGGUUAAUUUCAAUGCUUUUGGCAUUCCUCAACCAGAAUUUUUUGAUACUAAGGUAUUAUGGACAUUUCGAGGAAGACUUCGGCUCAACCCAGGAAUUGGUGAGAAGGUGGAUAAUUCACAUCUUUUCCUUUCUUGUGACGAUAGUGCCUUUAGGUGGAACAAUGUGCUGCAAGAUGAGGCUAGAGAAAUUGUUGGGUACACAAAUGAGCUUGGUGAAGUAGCUACACAGUGUUGCUUGUAUCUGCUAUCAUUAAAUUCUAAGGGAGGCAACAUCAUGGACUACAACUGGGCCACCCAUGCUUCGAACUAUUGGGUCUGCGAUGGGAUUAUACACGGAGGUCAGGGUGACGAAGCAUGGAAGGUUGCUGCUGCUCUGCAUCAACACAUAAAUAUGGAGGAUUAUUCAUCUAAUGCACUACCCUCUUUUGGUGAUAAGUUGGAGACUCCUCCGAAACGAUGGAUAUUGGCCAAGGAUAGCUCUGUUGUGCAUCCAAAAUCAACAUCAUUUUUCCUUGCUGCAGUCGCAAGCGGAUCUAAUCCUCCAUUAAGACCAUUGCCUAAUGACAUGUUUCAGCAAUCGGACAAACUUCGUGUGCUCAAGUUAUGUUGCUGCACAUUCAAUUUUUCUUCACCUCCCUUUGGUUGUUGCCGCAGCUUAAGAUUCCUCGGAUUAGAUGGCUGCAAGGAUCAGGGAGUAGAAGAAGAUGAGAAGCAAGAUAGACCAACAAUGGAAUUGUUUCAGAGCCUAUGGGUACUGGACAUAUGCGACACAGAUUGGAAGUUGGAUUUAGCAACAUACAUAACACAGCAGAUGGCUGCAAACAUUAGGGAGGUACAUAUAAAGAAAGGAAGGAUUUGGUGCCACAAUUUUUCAUGGCGAAAACUGCAGAACCUUCAGAAGCUUCUAGUGAUUGAGCCUACAAGGCCUUGGCAGACAGGAGAAGAGGAUGAAUUUACAGAUACAGUGAAGAUGGAAUUCCUCGACCUUUCUGGGAAUAGGACACUACAAGUUUUGCCCAGCCUGUCAAAAGCAACUAGCCUCAAGACCUUGGUUCUAGAUGGUUGUGUUGGGUUGGAGCACCUUGGACCAGAAGCACUCCCUCCGUUACUUGAAUCAUUCAGCUUGGAUGUAGGAGGAGUAGAAGAUCAUUCCAAGGAAGCCCAAAUAAGAUGCAUCUCUAUGGCUGGUUGUGCAAGAUUGUCCAACUUCAAGCUAGGUGGAUCACUUCCAAACCUCGACGAGCUGGACCUCUCAGGCACAGGAGUCAAGACACUUGACCUCACAACUCAGGUAAUGCUGGCCCCAUGUCUCCAACGAGUCAUGCUGUUGGGAUGUGAGCAAUUAUGUGUUGUCCUUUGGCCUGAAGAGGGUAUGCCUCAACUAAGUUUGCUAUGCAUUGACACUCGGAGAGAAGAGAUCAGAGGAAUGCCACCGAAAUUUGAGAAGUUAAAAAAGGGUCAUUGUCAAGCAUAUGUUGCCAUGAUGGACAUGAAAUUCAUUCAGUUAUUGGUGCUAACAAGUUCCAAUAUGUUUUGGAACACAAACACUUAUAGAUUUAGUAUAAACCUCUUUAUAGCUGCUAGUGCACAGUGGUGCAACAGGGAUAAGAUGGGCUCUUGUAGCGGUGAGAAAAUAUCCCCAUGGAAGUCAUCAAUCUCCAAUCAUUCUUACAACACCUACAGCGACAUUGCUAUUGAAAAUAUAACUAAUGAUCAUGACUACAAUAGUGCAGCGCAGUUUCAGCCAGCUUUGACAUGUCAUGUGGAGAUUGGUGAAGGAAUUAGCAACACCACCAGCAUGGAGAGCACACAAGGAAACAAGGCUAUCAUAUUUGUGAUGAACAAGGCUGAGAGUUUGCAUGUGCACGAUAAUUAUUCCAUCAACACUGCCAUCCCUGAAUCUAUAAUCACUGUGGAAGAUAAAAAACUUGGGUGGAAUUGUCUGCAACAGUGUCGUGUGGAGAGAUGCCCCAAGCUAGACACAGUCUUCGCCACUAACUAUGAUAUCAUCUGCUUUCAAGAACUAGAGAACCUUUGGGCGGCUGAUCUACUGACGGCGUCCUGUGUUUGGAGCAGAGGAAAGAUGGUCAGUCUCAGGGACACCCGUUCCUUCACGAAACUACAGAGCAUACACUUGUACUCAUGUCCAAGGCUCAAAUUUGUGCUUCCAUUAUCAUGGUCGGCUCCAGGCUCAUAUUUUCCCAACUUAGAGAUCCUUCACAUUGUCAGUUCUGGUGAUCUCGACAAGGUAUUCCCAGUGGAGCCAGAGUUCCUGACAACAAUAUCCACCGAUGACCGAAAAGGUGUCCUGGAGUUCCCAAAGCUGAAACGCAUUUACCUGCAUGAGCUCUAUAAGCUGCAGCAUAUAUGCGAAGCCAGGAUGUUUGCUCCCAAACUUGAGACCAUAAGGGUCAGGGGAUGCUCGGGACUCCGGCGCCUCCCUGCCGUCGGCCAAGACAUCCGCCCUAUCGUGGACUGCGAGAAGGACUGGUGGGAGAAGCUGGAGUGGGACGGGCCGGAGGCCAGCCAUGAGCGUUCCCUCUAUGAUCCCUGCCACUCGUCAUAUUACAAGAAGCCCCUGCCUAGAUUCUCAGUGCUCCGGUGAACUGACCGUACCACCCAGGUUUGGUGGUGACGUCUUGCUGCUUUCAACUGCUGCCACUGCCGCUGCCGCGAUGGUUCAAGUCUGUGUUUGCUUGCCAAGAUUGCGUUGGUCUACUACCAACAUUCAAAAAAAAAAAGAUUGCGUUGGUCUGAAGCUAUCUCUGUGUGUGCGCGUGCUCGUGCCUGCUUAAUUAUUUGUGUGUGUUUUGGUUUGAUUUGUGCCUUUGAUUGCGUUUGA